GCAUUGCGUUUCAUACAGGCAAUGAUUUUUGCUAUAGAGGAAAUAAACAAGAAUCCAGAUCUAAUUCCACAUCUUACACUGGGAUACAGGAUUUAUGAUUCAUGCAAUCUGCCUCAAUUUUCUGUAAAAGCUGCUUUCGAGUUGGUAAAUAGUGGGGAAUCAACAUCUUCGAACCAGUUGUGUCAAGAGCCCUUGGUUUCUGCUAUGGUUGCUGAAUCAGGAUCAUCGCAAUCUUUAGCAGUUGCAGCAUCAAUUGGUCCUUUCAGGAUUCCUAUGGUGAGUUAUUUCGCCACUUGCGCCUGUCUGAGCAACAGGAGAGAAUUCCCUUCGUUUUUCAGAACGAUACCAAGUGAUUACUUUCAGGCUAAAGCUUUAGCCCAACUGGUCAAACGCUUUGGAUGGACUUGGAUUGGAACGGUGAAAAGCGACAACGACUACGGAAAUUUUGGAAUGCAGGCGUUCACGGAGAUCGUUCAGCAUCUGGGAGUUUGCAUUGCAUUCUCCGAGUCCUUUUACAGGACUCAUUCGAAGCAAAGGUUGCUUCAUCUUGUCCGUGUGAUACAGGCAUCUACGGCGAAAGUUGUGGUGGCGUUUCUCGCUCAAGGGGAUAUGGCUGCUUUAUUGGAAGAAAUCGCCCGACAGAAUAUAUCUGGUAUACAAUGGGUGGGGAGUGAGGCCUGGAUUACAACCUCGCUUCUCCCGCCAGAUGAACACAAGAGGGUUGUUACCGGCGCUAUUGGGGUUGCCAUCCCGAGUGUGAACAUUCCCGGAUUCAAAAACUUUUUGAUGCGCCUUCAUCCGAAUGUCUACCCUGGGAAUCUGAUCGUGCAGGAGUUCUGGGAAAAAACCUUCGGCUGCAGCUUGAAAAUGACAGAAAACAACACAAUAAACAAACGGUCUGGAAGUCAGAGUGAUCAAUGCACUGGGAGAGAGAAUCUUCACACGGUGGCUAACGCCUACACAGAUGUAUCUCAACUGAGAGUCACAAGUAAAGUUUAUGAAGCUACUUAUUCUAUAGCCCAUGCCCUUCACGACAUGCUUUCUUGUGAAAAUGGCAAGGGGCCAUUUGUCAAUAAAUCGUGUGCAAGAUUUCCCAAGUUUCAGCCAUGGCAGCUUUUGCAUUAUAUGCAAACAGUGAAUUUCACAACGAAAGUUGGGAAAAGGGUAAAUUUCGACGAAAAUGGGGACUCGGUAGCAACGUAUGAUAUCGUAAACUGGCAGCUGAAGGAUGGGAAUAGGGCGGUUGUUCGGAAGGUGGGAAGCUACGACGAGUUCGCGCCUCCAGGAGAACAAGUCGUGAUAAAUGAAGAAUCCAUUGUUUGGAGCGGCGCUCAGAGGAAGAUUCCUCGAUCAAGUUGCUCCGAGAGCUGCCCAGCUGGAACAAGGAAAGCUGCACGCAAAGGCCAGCCGAUUUGCUGUUUUGAUUGCAUACAGUGUGCCGAAGGAGAGAUUAGUAACAUCACAGAUUCAGUUAAUUGCAUAAAAUGUCCCAGCGAUUCCUGGCCCAACUCUCAACAAGACCAGUGCAUAGCGAAGAAAAUUGAUUAUCUUUCAUUUGGUGACACCAUGGGAGUCAUUUUGACCACACUCGCGUUGGUUGGAGCUUUAGCAACUGUGACAGUUGGCAUCAUAUUUGUGUUUUAUAAAGACACUCCAGUCGUGAAAGCCAAUAAUUCGGAGCUCAGUUUCCUCCUUCUCUUCGCAUUGACGCUAUGUUUCUUGUGCUCUCUUACAUUCAUCGCCAAACCAUCAGGAUGGUCCUGUGCAUUACGCCACACAAUGUUUGGUAUUAUUUUUGUCCUCUGCGUUUCCUGCGUUUUGGGGAAAACGGUUGUGGUGGUAAUGGCCUUUCAAGCAAAAUUUCCUAGCAAUAAUGUGGCCAAAUGGUUUGGUCCCGUGCGACAGCGUCUAACUGUGUGUUGUCUUACUCUGGUGCAAUGCUUCAUCUGCAUGGUCUGGCUAAUUAUAUCGACGCCCUUUCUUGCCCAAAACAUAAAAUAUGCCAAAGAGCUAAUCAUCCUGGAAUGUGAUGUGGGCUCUAAAGUAGCAUUUUAUUGUGUCCUCAGUUACAUAGGUUGCCUGUCAGCUGUUUGUUUUGUUGUUGCAUUUCUAGCUCGAAAUUUGCCAGAUGCUCUCAAUGAGGCUAAAUACAUUACAUUUAGUAUGCUUAUAUUCUGUGCUGUUUGGAUUUCAUUCAUUCCAGCUUACAUCAGUUCCCCUGGGAAGUUUACUGUCGCCAUAGAAGUGUUUGCUAUUUUGGCAUCUAGCUUUGGUCUACUUUUCUGCAUUUUUGCUCCUAAAUGCUAUGUGAUCUUGCUGAAACCAGAGGAAAAUACUAGGAAGCAUUUGAUGGGCAGAAUGUCCUCUUAA